AUGGCUAGUAGUUUGAUCAGCACUCUGGCGCUUGCCUCCCUCACUCAAGCUAUCUCGAUCCCUUCCAUCCCCAAGAUCCCAGGUGUAACGACACCUCUGAUCCAACCUCUUUAUGAUCUUCUGCCGGCGUUGCCAAUCUUGCAGUUUCCUUUGCCUCCCCUCGACAGCCCUUCUUUCACUCCCAGUGACAUUCAGCCAAAGAAGAUUGGAUACUAUUGGACAGGAGCCGGAGACAAAGAGCAUGCCGACUUUCUGGCAACUUACAGCCUUGAUGAUGAUACAUUUGGUACACUUAUCUACGUGACCGAUGUCCCCACCAGUGGCAACGACCCUCACCAUAUUGGUGUUUCCAAAGACGGAAAGACCAUCGUCGGUGGCGGUCUUCUUUCACUACUGAAACUUCAAGACACUGCCUACUAUUUCGAUGUCACCAAUCCUUAUCGUCCGACCUUCAAGAAAAGCAACAGUGCUACUCUUUCGUCCAUUGCAGAUGAAAUCCGUGCUAAGCCUGACGGUGGAUUUUUCCUAACCUACAUGGGAUCUGCCCUUGGCACAUCUCCGGGUAGACUCGUUGAAACGGAUGCCGACUUCAACAUCAUUCACGAAUGGCCGGAAGAUGUGGAGGGAACUCUUGGUAUCUUGGCCGAACAGUUCUCCCCACACGGUAUCUCUAUCGACUGGGAGAGGAACUACAUCUUGACUUCUGACUUCGUUGUCCCUCUGUCAAUCUUGAAACCUAGCACGGGUGUUAUUCGCGCCCAGACACUUCGCCUCUGGGAUUUGGAGUCUCGUACUAUCAUCAAUACUAUUACCAUCCCUGGUGGUUCUGGUAUCCAAGAUGUAAAGUUUAUUCCUGGAAACCCUGAAGGUGCUGCUAUUGCAGCUACCGUGGGUAGUGCCCAACUCUGGGCCAUUUAUCCUUCUCGCAAGGAUGCCAAUGGCAAUAAUGGUGUUGCCGAGCUCAUUUACGACUUUGGCGACCAGAUCCGGAACACUAACCCUAUUGCCAGCUAUUCUGAUAUUACUCAAGAUGGCAAGUUCAUCUACGUUACCCUGACAUCGGCCAACCACGUCGCCGCUCUGGACAUUAGCGACCUCACCAACCCUAAGCGUCUCGAUGAUCCUAAUGAGGUUCAUCCUAUCGUUGGUCCUCAUUAUAUCAAGGUCACUCCGGAUCAGAAGCACCUCGUCGUCACCGACUACUUCGUGCAGACAGGUGAAAUUGGUAUUGUCAACGUUCCCGCCGAUUUCAAGGCACAAUAUAUCGACAUCAACGACGAUGGCAGCAUCUCCUUCAACCGUUCCAUCAACUUCAGCCAGGAAUUUGAAAACCGAGGCGGUGGUAAGCCGCACUCAGCCAUUGUUUUCGAUCUCACUGACCCGGAAAACCCUCAGUACUAUUAA